UGGGGAAAGAGGGAGUGCUGAAAGGAGGGGAAAGUUUGGGGGAGCUUAUAAAAGAAGUACCGCCGAGAAGAGUGGGAAACCAUUUUUGGAAAGAGAGAAGAACCAAAGAAAGGGAAGUGGUGAAAAAGAACAUUUCCAUAGAGAUCCUAAGCAUUUAAGACACAAUGGCAGCUCCUGAUUUUCCAGCAUUGUCGCUACUGAUCGCCUUAGUCUUCCUGUUGAACGGCUACUUGGCCGACCCGCUCAAGGCCCCAGAGGGUAACAGCACGUCAGCUAGGCCUAUGAUAACCCCCUUUCGAAUCCGCUACGUGACGGGCCCCUCCGACUACGACUAUAAAGACGAGGAGGAUGAAAACAAACCCACAAGCAUCGCCCAGCCCCAGGACCAAACCCCGAAAUUAAUCCCGCGACCCUGCGACUACAACCCGUGCCAGGACCAGCAGGUGCCCUGUGCCCAGCUCGCAGCCCUCAGUGACUGCCUGUGCCCCGGGGUCACCGGGCCUCAGGAACUCCCAGAGGCGCCCUCUUUGGGGAAGAUCGUCCAGGAGGGGUCGGAGACGGUUGUCACGUGGUGCGCCCCACACUCCUCGGUGUCCUCCUACCGGGUGGUGGUGGAUGGCGGGGAGCCCCUGGUUUUCGGGGAGCGGCUGAGGAGGGCGGUGUUAGGGGGGCUGGCGGCGGGGGCGAGGGUGUGUGUGGAGGCUGUGAAUGACGCCGGCACCAGCACCCCCUCGCCGCAGUCCUGUAAGGAGUACGAGCCCCCGGGCGAUGAGGGCCUGUCACUCAGGGCGGGGAUAAUCGGAGGAGGCUUGGGGUUCAUUCUGCUUCUUUCUCUGUCCGCACUGCUGCUCUGGAAAUUCAACUCCUGCAGGAAACCAGGGAGUGACAGUGAGGGCCUGGGGAACCUCUCGUACAGCUCCGAGGGCCCCCUUUGAGAGGGCCCCCUUCGAGAGGGCCCCAAUUGGGCAGAGAAUGACACGUUCUCCAUGGGAAAGCGCUGACAUCACCAGAAAGUAGGCAGAGAGAAAAUGCAAAGAUGAGUGGGUUUGCUGUCCUUGUUUCUACACAAAAGUGUAGCAUCUGUGACUAUCCUAACUGAAUUGACCUGGGAGGAGAAUAAUUUCCAAGAUAACUAGUACAGGGUAAAUUACAUGGUUGUUUAAGGAAGACACUUCUGCAGGGUGGAAAGACCAUGUGUUUUAGCAUAAGACGAACUUUGAUGCCGUGCUCGAUGGGAAGAUGAGGAAAAGGGUGGAACUUGAUUACUUGAAUGAAUGUCCUGGUUAUAUUCCCAACCUGGCUCUCUCAUCCUGCCAACCAAUCAGCCUCCUGCUUAAUUGAUUAAAUUAAGGUCUCUUCCCUCUCCACCUCAGCUGUUGUGUGAUGAGCAAUCUGGCACAAAAUGGACCCAGGUGGUUGGUGGUGGUGGUUGAAGAAAGUUUCCCCUUCAUCACUGCAAUGAGUUUUCGGUGUGAAAUAGUACUAUAUACAUGUAAGGAAUUAGUAUUGUUGUUAAUGAAAUGUCUUACAGAAUUGUCAGGGGAAGAGAUGGCAUAGCAGUGACUGAGUAUGUAGAACUGGACAGAAGAUGGACCAACAGGGGGGAAGUUCCUCGGGGAACAGAGUGAGAGGUCCUUUGACAGGUUGAGGGCUAUUGUUCUUAUUAAUAAUUUCACAACAUUACCUACUGUGUUAACCUCCACUUGUCCAAAAUGUUCAUAUCUUUCAUGUCUUAAAAAAAAGAUCUUUCUAAUAGUAACAAUGAGUGAAUUUUAGAAUCUGUAUUUAAUAGCUUGUUGUAGUUUGAUAGGACUGGCACUGCACUGGAUUAACAGAAAUUAUUUUUUUUAUUUGAAUUAUUAUUGUAUAUGUUUACACUUUUAAUUUAUUUGUAUUGCGUGGUUGUGACUGCUUAGUGCAUUUUAUAAGCUCUCGAGACUUGAAAAUAAAUAAAUAAAUGUACAAUAUAUGUGUUCAAAUGCCUUAACUGAGAAUGAAGCUCUGAGAACCAUUUCAACACUGUUGUUAUAAUUCUUAGCAGAAUUGUAGGCAAAGUAAAGAAAAACAAAACCAAACAAA